GGACAGAACGGCCGGAUUGAGCGGCGGUCGCAGCUGCAGUGAGACUGCCGGUCAGCGGCUCUGGGCCGCGCGCCGGGAACCUCGCGGGGCGGGCGGGUGCGGCACCCCCUGCCUGGCCACCUGCGCCCCGGGGAGGCGGCCCGCGCGCGACGGGACCAGCAGCAUGAGCAGCGGCUACAGCAGCCUGGAGGAGGACUCCGAGGAUUUCUUCUUCACCGCCAGGACUUCCUUCUUCAGGAGAGCACCCCAGGGCAAGCCCCGCGCCGGCCAGCAAGAUGUGGAGAAAGAGAAGGAAACCCACAAUUACCUCAGCAAAGAGGAAAUCAAAGAGAAAGUUCAUAAAUACAAUUCAGCAGUCACAGACAAGUUGAAGAUGACCUUGAAUUCAAAUGGGAUUUACACUGGCUUCAUUAAAGUGCAGAUGGAACUCUGCAAACCUCCGCAGACUUCUCCGGACUCGGGGAAACCCGCGCCCAGUAGCAAUGGCUGUAUGAACACUCUCCACAUCAGCAGCACGAACACUGUUGGGGAGGUGAUUGAGGCCCUGCUCAAAAAGUUUCUCGUGACUGAGAGCCCUGCCAAGUUUGCACUAUAUAAGCGCUGUCACAGGGAAGAUCAAGUCUACGCCUGCAAGCUCUCAGACCGGGAACACCCUCUCUACCUGCGUCUGGUAGCAGGGCCCAGAACAGACACACUUAGUUUUGUUCUCCGUGAACAUGAAAUUGGAGAGUGGGAAGCCUUCAGCCUUCCAGAACUGCAGAACUUCUUGCGUAUCUUGGACAAGGAAGAAGACGAGCAGCUGCAGAGCCUGAAGAAGCGCUAUGCGGCCUACAGGCAGAAGCUGGAAGAAGCCCUCAACGAGGUGUGGAAGCCCGACUAAGGGCUCCUGUCACUCAGGGCGGCGCAGGGACCGCGGACAAACCGGCAGCAAGUGUCUCUUCUCGGAGGGCUUUGCCUUGCCCUGUGAUGCGAGGCGCUUCCCCAUUUAUCUCUAGAUUUAGUUCCCCGACCUGGGCCCGCGGCACCUGCGCCCUCGGAGCCUCUGGAAGGGACUGUGCGCUCUUGUCCUUACAGCGCUGCGGCCACACCUCCUGGCAAGCUGAGACUCAGGAGCAGCUGCAGUGCUUUGAAGCAUGGACUCUGGGUUUUUGUCUUCUCAUUUUCCUCUAGUUAUUUUAAUUAUGUGAAGAUGAUGUUAAGCUUAAGGAUGUGCACAUGAUUUUUUAAAAGCUUAACAAGGAACCUGUCUGAAUACUUGUCCUGUGUUGAAACUACCUGUCUGGUUUUGUUUUGUUUUUUGUUUUUUUUGUUUUGUUUUGUUUUUUAAUAUCAGAGGGAACAGCCAUGUGAAUUGAAAGGCACAGGAAGCUAGAAACUCUGAGGACUUUGUGAAGGAUUUUGGAGAAGUUUGGCAUUUCAAGAAAGUAAAGAGCAGGUUUGGAAGAAGGUGUUAGUGGAGAUUGGGGGAGCUGUGAGGGUGGGUGGUUUGGGUGAUGAGUAGCUCGCAGAGAAGAGAAGGGUGUAUUUGUUUGUGAAGGAGUUAAAAGCAUUCAGUUUUGAGGUAUGAAACCCAUUGUAGGAUUGCUUCAUUUCUUGGUGAGUAACAUGUGGGAACAGAGCCAAAGAAAGUCGAGCUAGACCAAAAAGGGGCUUAUAAGUGCAGCUGAUGGGAAAGGCAACAUUCCAGCAGGUGGGUCUUGCGGAGCUGGGCAGAGCCUGGAGCCCCCUCAGUGGCCCAGCCCCCGGGUUCUGCCUUCCUCACGUGGAAGGGCAGUUGGUGCAGCUUCUCGGGCAGGUGCAGCAGGACUACUUGCUAACUCCUGUUAAGUUACAGCUUUUUCCUGAGGUUGUCUUCUUGUCUUCAAAGCUAAAAAGGAGUCAGGGUAGGGGCACCUGUUUCUCCCCGAUUGUUAGCCAGGAGAUUUGUCAAGGAAAGAGCUCACACACACGUUUGUGACAAUCACUCCCUUCCAUUGGCCUCCUUCCCUCUCCCUUUCUCUCCUUCUCCCUUACUCUUAGAAAUUGAAGUGUGUUCCUGCAUAAUGGAGAACAGGGUUGUGGAUGAAAGACCUAAUCCAGUCAGCUCCUGAGUCCCAGAGGAGGACUUGCCUGUGAGGAGGGCGGCAAGGAAGGGAGGAAAGCCCACCCCCAGCUGACCACAAGAGGGGCUCUUCAUGGGAACAUUUCAACACAAGUGCAUGUUCCUACCAACCAAAGAAAGGCAUGUGCAAUAGGAGCCUUCCUUAAAGCAGGUUAAAUAAACUCACUCAAUGGAGCAGUUAAUCUGAAAACAGUGGGAAAGGUGUGCCGUGGUUCUAGAGGGGGAUUUACAGUCUAUUUUUUGUCUUGAUUUUUUUGUUGUUUAUAAAUUCCCAAGGAAUUGUUAAUGCUUUGGUGACACCUAAUGGAUUCUUUGUGAAAUUCCAAGGUGCUUCAGUUCUUUGCCUUUUAAGUGAACUGUGCCUUUUAUUGCAUUUCUCUUUCCCUGUCCGUGGCUCUUGUGGCCGUCAGAGAACACCCAUCUUGUUGGAGGCAGAUGGAAGUGUCGGUGAUGCUAUGCCACACGUUACUGAGACAAUCGUAUCUUCCUAAGCUUUUUAAAGAAAGUUGGAAAAAAGAAAAGUAGAACUAGCUAUAAAAUAUGUAUGGCACAUCUUGUUUAAUUUUGCAUGUAACUUCUUUUUAGUACAUUGAUGAGGUUGUAGUGUUAUUGUCAUCCAACACUUUAUUGUUCAGGGAAUGCCUUUGUGGUUUUUAUACUGGUUUUACUAUUCAGACUAUAGCUUGGGUUUGAGUAUAGUGUUAUCAACCACCUGGUCCUUGUAUUACCCAUCCCAGUAAGCUUAUAUUUUGUGAAGCAUUUCUUUCUCAGAUUAAGACACUGUUAGAACCUACAGUAGUAGUCAAUGGGUAUCUGUGAAUUUUUUUUUUUUAACUUGAAGCAGAUUGUCUAAAAUAGGCAUCCUCACCUGUGUUAUCCAGAACCCUGUUAAUUGUCAUGUGCACUACAAGUUUCAAUUUGGAAAACUUACUGUGCAGAAAUUCUGUCAGCUCAUGGUUCUGGAAGACUGAUGUUCUCUCCAAAACACUGGUUACUGAGGCAGCAUUGUUAAUGCAAAGAAGAAGGGUCCCUGAGGCCACUGGUUUUUAAAAAUCAUUGUGCAAAUUCUUAUGUUAAAUUAAACUAAGCUUUGCUGUAAUACUGUUUUCUCUUCAAUAUGCGAUGGUACAGGAAUGAUGUUAAAUGAAGGGGUAAGUAUUGCAGGGGAGCAUUUUAAAUUGCAGACAUAAAAAGUUAUAAUAUUUAUAAUUUUGAUGAGUUUUAAGUUUAUUUUAUAGGGAAGAUUUUUCAUCCCUAAAAUUGUUUUU